CCCUCUCUUUCGUAAAUCACACAAAACUCAAAUUCGUUCAUCACAGUCAGUGCUAGGGUUCCAAUGGACGGUGGUGGAAAAGUGAAGAAGGGUGCAGGAGGUAGAAAAGGUGGAGGCCCAAAGAAGAAGCCAGUUUCUCGAUCCGUGAAGGCUGGUCUUCAAUUCCCCGUUGGAAGAAUCGGGCGUUACUUGAAGAAAGGAAGGUACUCACAGCGCGUUGGUACAGGUGCACCUGUUUACCUGGCUGCUGUACUCGAGUAUCUAGCCGCUGAGGUGCUUGAGUUGGCUGGAAAUGCAGCUCGUGAUAACAAGAAGAACAGGAUUAUCCCGAGGCAUGUUUUGCUUGCGGUGAGGAAUGAUGAGGAGCUUGGGAAAUUGCUUGCUGGUGUUACGAUUGCACAUGGUGGUGUUCUACCCAAUAUUAACCCAGUGCUGUUGCCUAAGAAGACUCAGGCUAGCAAGGAGCCUAAGUCUCCUUCUAAGGCCACUAAGUCUCCCAAGAAAGCUUGAUUAGUUUUUUAAAUUUUAGUUUGUUUCUCUUUAUUUAGUGUGUGUGCAUAUCUGGGUUUAGGUGUUUUUUUUUAUUUAUUGUCUGCAGCAAGAAGUUUUAUUCGCUUGGAAAGUAUGUUAUUCUGAUCUCAAUUGUAUCCCCUUGUAGGAUUUUCACCCAAUCAAUAGA